CCUGUCCCGGCGAUUCGUCUGGUUGCCCAGCUGAUCCAGAAACUGGAGAACACGCGAUCAAAACACAGAGAAACCACAGGACGAGGCGAGCCGCACGUGCCUGAAGAGGGACCGAGUCGCACCGGCCGAAACGUCGCUUCGCUUCGAGGUUAUGUGUCGAGUGCCGGUUAGCCGUUGCGUUCGAACGGUAACGCGGUGAAGGAGGGAGUGUGCAAGGUGAUAUGUACUAAGUGUUGUUUAUUUCGAAGCGACCACGUGUGAGUGGGGUGUCACAGACUGCCUCACAGUGCGUGUGCCAGCGGGGCUUUUGACAAAAGCUGGACAUGUGCCGCCCAAUGGGGAGGCCACCACCGAGGAAAAAGCCUCCAUACCGGUUAGUUGCCCAGUUCCUUUAAAAAUAUAGCAACAAAUGAACGAAAGCAUAGCCGAAACUGAACCCGCAACAAAGGACAUGACAGCAGUCAAUGCGGGCAUCCACGAGUUGGCAGGCGUCCGUUUGCCCCUGCAACCCUAUCCCAGCGGCCAUGCGGUCUUCAUGUACAGCACGGCGUCGGACGGUAACGUCACCUUGCAGCUCAAAGAACCGGACGACCUGGAUCGCAACAGCUUGGCGGCGAUGUUGGCCAAAUUACAGGACGACGCGACCUUUUCAAUUUCCUAUCAGGACACGGAUAUCUUGUCGGAGGGUAUCGACGUGCUUCUAGGUAGCGGUACGGCGAAUUCGGGUGGGAGCGAUGCAGUCACGGCGACCUUCGAUCUCUUCGACUCGUCGAGCGGCCCGGACCUCACGCUCUCCCCGCAGACCUUCACCAAUUCAGCCGAGGCCUUCAUCAACGAUAACUCCGACAGCCUGGGCGUCCCGACGGACGGCGACGCAGUUUCAACAACAACUAGCGACGAUAAGAAACCAAUUAGUUCAUCGGAAUGCUCUAAAGGAUCUAAUAAACGUCCCAGGCCUAAACCUACAUCACCAAACAGGCAAGGUCCUCAACAAUGCCAGGUCUGUGCCAAAGUAUUCGGAAACGCCUCUGCCUUGGCAAAACACAAACUGACUCACAGCGACGAAAGAAAAUACGUGUGCAGCAUGUGCGGCAAGGCGUUCAAACGACAGGACCACCUAAACGGCCACAUGCUGACCCAUCGCAACAAAAAGCCGUACGAAUGCAAGGCGGAAGGGUGCGGAAAGAGCUACUGCGACGCCAGGUCGUUGAGGAGGCACACGGAGAACCACCACAGCUCGCCGUCGACCGGCGUCACGACGACGACGACGACGCUGUCGCCGGCGCAGGGCGCAGCGUCCGGCGACGCCGCGUCUCCGCACGGCGGCAAGUUGGAGAGUUGCAUUCAAUACGCGCCGGCUCCGACGACGACGUCCGGCUCGGCGACGUCAUCCGUGACGGACGUCGCGACGAAUAGCACCGGUGCCAGUAGCAACAAUCACGGGAAGAGCCAGUUGCAACAAUUGUUGGCAUCCGAACCGGCCAAGAGCGUCAACAGCGGCAACAAUGACGGGUUAACUAAACAACAGCUGGAUCUGAUACAUCAAAUAAUGGAACAGACCCAAAGACAAUCGCAAGCCGUGGCGGCGGCAGCGGCGGCGGCGAAUAAAUCUGCCGCCUCCAAAUCGGCCGUCAAGUCGCCGGGCGGCGGGAAAUCCUCCUCGAAAUCGCAUCAAAAUAAAUCUUCGGCAUGGUUGGCUACGACGAACCAUCAGCAACAAACGUCGAGCAAAAGUUCGAAUACAUCGGGAGCGAGCGCGAGUUUGUCGAACAAGGUGACGACGAGUUCGACGCCCGCAUCGCCGGUGAAUUCGACCGUCGGGAAAACGGAGCCGAAACCGGUCGAAUGCAACCUGUGCCAUAGAAAGUUCAAAAACAUACCGGCGCUCAACGGCCAUAUGAGACUUCACGGGGGAUACUUCAAGAAGGAAACUGACAACAAAAAGAACGACAAAAAAGAAGUCCCAGCGCCUCCUCUACAAACGGCUAGUUUCAGCGUUCGAGCGCUGAUAGAAGAGAAAAUCAUCAACAAACGGAUAACCAACACGCCGCAAUCCUCCGACGAACAGAAACCCAACGCUCCGCCGCUAUUCCCCAUAAACGUGCAUUCCUCGCCAUCGACGCCGGACGUCGAAACGAAAAUUUCCUCGUUCGUGGUGCCGGCGCCGCCGACGCAAUCCGCCGAAAAAUCCCGAAGACAUUCCGACGCGGACGCGUUCCGCAACGCCGCGCAGCAGGAGGCGCAGGCGCUGGCCGAUCUGAUACUCAAGCAGGACAAGGCCGCCGUCAAGAGGACCACCUCCGAUCCGGGCCAAUCGCCCGCCAUCAUCCAGUUCCAAUCGAACGAAUCCUUUCCGCUGGCCAACAUCACCUACGAGUCCGAGGAAGCGGAGUUCAUAUCGUCGAGCUUGCAGGAGGGAGUGUACACUCAAGUGCCGGAGAGUAUGCUCCUGCAGGGUGUGGACGCCUCGCAGUUGGCGUCGAUACAGACGCUACUGCGCGACCAAAACGAUCAGCAGAUACAGGAGAUCAAGAUCGAGGAUAUCGAUCUGGAGGAGCCCGUCAUGCAGCAAUCGCCAUCCUCCUAUCAAUCGAACCAUACGGUUAAUCACGAGUUACAGGCGGUUUUGGAUUCCCCGUUGCCGGAGAGUUUGGCCGAGUUUAGCACGUUUCAUUCGAGCUUACCUUCGCCCAAUUACCAGACCCAGUCUCCUGCUCAAUAUGCCAAGAGUCCUCAUACUAUCACGGCGCAAUCGCCGCUGCAGAGUCCUUUGAUCAGGCACGAUUCGCCCGGUUUCGCAUACCCAACGCCGCCGGCCAGUCACGAGGGACAAAGUCCUGGAUUUGGGCAGAAUACUAUACUUCCUAUGGUGUCGCCCAAUGGACAGGAAUUCGGACAAAUCGUAGAAAGAGGAAUUUAUGAAGAACCACCACAGGCUUCAUCCCCUUUAUCAGCGGCGUUUUACACAUCCACAAUGUCGAGCUCAGCGGCCGUGGAAGAAGCAUUAGAAGAAGUUUUACCCGACGAACCUAUUUAUCCUUUGACAAAUUCUCCUUCGUCUCCGUCCCCCUUAGGUUUAACUCCUGUACCAUCUCCGAUUUCCAAUAUAGUAUCGACUUCUGAUCAUUCUCAACCUUCUACUACGUUUACGACCUCUCCUAAUUCCUCCACGUAUCCUAUGUCGGGAAGUUGGUGUAAUGGAGUCAUGUUACCCAAUUCAGAUGAUCCUUUGCUGUCGAGUAACCCCAAGGAUUUCGUUCCGAAGAAAAAGAUUGAACUCAACGGCGUCCCUCUCAGGCUGAUAAGCAGCAAUGGUCUAAUAGAGCUGAAUAGUGCGAAUUUUGCGGGAAUUUUAGUAGACGCUAAUGGAGAGAUCAAACUCAUUCAAACCAGCGGGAAUGCCUUCCAAUCGAAGAAUAUUUUAUUAACGAAUACACCUCUAAUCACUCACGACAAUGGUAGUGAUAAAAAAGUGAUAAAAACAGUACAAUGUACGAUUCCAACGAAACAAAUCAUCAACAGGCCUAAACAAGUUACUGAAAUUAUUAAGAAAGAAGAAAACAACGACGUUUUUUUAAGUCCUACUUCGAUACCUGCUAGUCCGAUAAAAAUAUCAAGGAAAAGGCCUAGAACAGAACCCCUACAAUUGCCUGUAUUGCAUCAAUCGAAACUUAGAGCGACGAGAAGUAAACCGCCCGGGACGGCUAGGUACACUCCACAACCCAUACUCAAUCCCCAAAGGCCCGGCACGGGGCUUUAUGGCAAUUUGAAAUUAAUCAAAACUGAAGAUGGAAUUUGGAACAACGAACCAAUCCCAGAGAGCGAUUCCACGCCGCACGUCAACGUAGGGCCCCAAUAUCAAUGUACAAUCUCAAAUUUUUUCUCCAAUCCUGACCGGACCAGCCCAGAACCUACUCACGAAGACCUCCUGUGGGAUCCGGGUAUAAAUAAUUGCACGGAUAGUGAAGUCGAUAUGUACUUGGAUUUUGCGUGUUGCGCUGCGGUACCAGGCGGUGGCAGGAACAAAGAAUACGCAAUGCACCUGCUCCAUUUGUGCGGGGGAAACAUUCACGAUGCCAUGUUGCGAUUAAUGCAACCCUCGCCGAAUCUUCCGCCGGAUCAUCCCUUGUUAGCUUACCAAUAUUGCGAAAGUGACAAAUGGUCAACGACAGAAACAGAUAUCUUCCACAAGUCACUGCUCAAAUACGAUAAAGACUUUCGGAGUAUUGCUCAAGAGAUUCGAACAAAGAACAUAAAGCAAUGUGUGCAAUUCUAUUACGUGUGGAAAAAGGUCUGCGCAGACGAGUACCGCAGGUUGAAGCAUCUGCGAGAGAGGCGACACAGUUAUUACAGAAACGGAGAAUUCGACGUUGAUGAAAAACUAUUCGCGGACGCCAAACUGUUAGGGAUCGCUGAUAGUGGAUCGCCCAUGCAAAUACCUGACACCAGGAGUUUCGUAUGCGAAUUUCACGAUUGUUCAGCGAGUUUCAAUUCGCGCGCGGCGCUCAACGGCCACAUCCGCAUACACGGCGGUACGGCGAGAAAUUCCCCGACGCCAUCGGCGUCGUCGACGUCGACGGAAAGGCGGACGUCGCUGGUGACGUCGUCGUCGAGCGUCUGCCAUCCAGAUUCCACCGAAGAGUACCCAUGCAAGAUAUGCGGGAAAGUGUUCACAAAAAUCAAAAGUCGUAGUGCCCAUAUGAAAUCCCACCGACCGCCCGACGCUGAGCCGGUCAAAAGAAAAGAGAAAGAACCGCCUCCGACGACGAGCUACGAACUCUCCGUGCCAAGCCCCUUUAGUACUUAGUGUUAGCGGAAAAUUAUUUAUAUAUUAUAAAUAUUAACUAAUUUUUAAAAAUAAACAAAAAUUAAAAUAAUCAAAAACAGGUAAAGGGCAAUCAAAACAAACAAAUAAUAAGAGUCAGAUCGAACAAACCGAAACAUUACAAGAGCAACUCGCAUCGUUUUUUGGAAAAUGAGAUAAAUAGAUAUUUGUUAUUCAGAAAUUUUUAGGAGAAAAAAAGAAGCGAUAGGUAAAAGAAUUAUAGAUAGAAUUAGUAGUGUACAAAUUACAAAACCACAUAUUACAGAGAUUUAUAUUUAAUAUUAUAAAAUAGGGGUUGUGUUGCGUUACGUUUAGUAACGUUAGUGCCUUUUCGAAUGUCGAGUGAGACACUAUUAAAAAAAAAGAAUCAUUGCCAUUCAUCAUUAACAUCACGCCAUUAAAUCUGGUAUAUAGAAAAUACGCUCAAAAUACAAAGGACACGAAAAACAUUGUCACUCAUCAUUAGAUAAUGUAAUUUUAGACGUCUAUUAAACUGCCACAUUCUCUAAAGUGAAAAAUAUAUGUAAUUAUGCCAAUUUUCGAAUGUACCACUUGAAUGUUACCUACUUUGUUUUAUAAUCCAAAAAACAUAUUAAUUAGCAACAUUAAACAAUAGCAAAAGUAACAGUAAAUUGGACUGUACCAAAAAAAUAUAGUUUUUUUAUACAUAAAUUAUGUUCUACAUUUUAUUAUACCUUCAGAAAUAGCGAGCGCAUAAUUCCAUAUUUUUUAUCAACUUUAGCGAAAGUCAGGGGGAGAGCUAAACAGACGUUAAUUUUAGAUAAUUAGCUACCUAAUUAAAGUUGAAUGUUAAAUAAAUGUAUAAAUUAAAAUUUAGUUCAUUAGGGCAUGUAGAUAAUUAAUGUAGAAACUUGUUAUUGUUUUUAGUUAUCUAUGUUUCUUGUUUUAUGUUGAUCUUAUUAAAGUAAAUUCCAAGCAUAGUAUGUUCAUGUAAAUGUGGCGAUGACGUCAUGCACUGAAUAUAUCGAAUGAUUUAAAAAAUGUCUCGCUCGACGUCACCGCUGUAUUAAUAUGGAGCAUACUAUAAUUCCUAUUAUUCCAAUACGUUAUUGUUGUAAUUUAUAUUUUUCUAAAUAAUUUGAAAUCGAUAAUAUUUAGUAGUGUUACUGAUAUUUGUCGAGCGACAAUAAUUUCCGUGUUCUUUUCAAAUAAUAUCAUUUCGAACAUUUUUGAGCACUAGAUCUGAACUCAAAAACGUUAAUCAAAUAUCAAAGAAAACUAACGGCCAUAAAUAGUAUAUUGUAAUGAAGAUACGUAUUAUAUAACUUCGAAGAAUAAAUGUGAAGGCCUCGCACUUGUCUCCCAUUUUACUUGCAACAAACGAUGACCUAUUUCUAGUGGAUUUGCUCAAAAAAUCGUUGAGUGUGUCUGUUAUUUUCUUAUUAACAAUGAUUUUAGUUAGUAUUUAGGUGAAUUUAUAUACUAAUAUUAGUCAAAUUAUAUGUAUUAUCUAUACAGGUUUUUAAAAUUGCUUAAUAAACAUUCUUAUUUUUGGUCCUUCCAAAGUAUACUAUUAUUUAUUUAAGGAUAAUCGAAUUAUUUUAAAAAUUAGGUUAAAUUUGUGAGUCAAUUUUUCAAAAAAUCAAAUAACUAGAAAUCUUUAAUAAUUGAAUAAAAUCUUAAGAUUUUUCUUUAGAAAAUGCUUAAUUUCUGUCAUACCUCGUUUUUGAGUUAUAAGAGCAAAUUGACUUUAGAAAGGCUACAAAUCAUUUAAUUAUGUAGCAAAAGCAAGUUUUUUUUUUCUAAUAUUUUCCUAAUAAAUAAUAUAAUAAGAAAAAUGACAAUACUCAUACACGAUCCUAUUGAUCAUUUCGGAGACGUUUUUCGAAAGUUUGUUAAGAAUUUUGAAUAACCCUGUAAGUUUCUAGUAGUUUAGUACGAAUAAAAUGUGCCAUAAAAAGAAAAUCCGAGACAAGUCUGAGGUUUUGUAAAUUUUUUUAAAAACUCAAAAUAACCGGCGCCGAAGGCGCUCAAAGCGCCCCGUAGGCGCCAUUAACUCUGUGUUGUGAUCUUUUUAAAAGUCUAUUACUAUGAAUCUAUCUAUAUUAUUAUUACUUGAUAUAUAAUAAAUUGAUAUUUGUACAUGUUACUGAAUGUAUGAUAUUAGAUUUAAAUUUUUUAGAGGUCCGCAGCGAUUCGGAACGCACCGCGGUUUUUCCAUUUCGAAAAAAAAAGAAAAGAAAAAAAUGACAAUCCACGUUAUUUUGUGUACUUCAAAUGUCCUUGGAGACAUUAAAAAUUAUCUAGGUUAAGCGCUUAUCUUAGAAAUAUCACUGUUAAAUGUUUUUCGAACAAGCUGUAUGUUUUUCUCGGGCUCUUUAUAUGGUGUUAGAAUGUGUAGGUUAAGUAUUUAUACGAAUUCGGUCCGAUCCGAAUUGCGGGCGGAUCGCUCAGACUGGGCCAGAAUUUUGGUAGUCUAAGUAUCAGGUGCUCAGAUCUAUCAAUUAAUUGUUGUUAUAUUGAAUGUACCUCUUCUGAACUGACUGACAUUUUUUUAUCAUUCUGUUUAAACACUAGAGUCACUAUUCUUUUAUCCAGAGCCUUUACCCUAAUCUCUACAGUCUCUAGUAUAUUAUCUAGAGCCCCGAGUUCAGUCUCUAGAAUCUCUAGUCUAUUAUAUCUAAAGCCGCUAGUCUAUUAUCUAGACAAUCUAGUCUAGAGCCUCUAGCCUAAUCUCUAGAGCUCUAGUCUAUUAUCUGGAGCCUCUGGUCUAAUCACUGGAAUCUCCAGUCUAUUACCUAGAGCGUCUAGUCUAGUUUAGACUAGCCUAAAAUUUAUUUUAUUAAUUUAAGGGUAAGUUCAAGUUAUAAUAUAAAGAAUUUUCGCAAUACAAUUAUUUUGUGUAAUGGAAAAAUGUCUGUCGGUUCCAUUAGUUUUCAUUCAUCUCUGUUUUUGUUAUUUGAUAUGUAACUUGACACUAAAUGUUUUGAUAUUUCUAGUGAUAUAUAAUGUAAUUAUUAGAUGUUUUAUGUGUAUUUGAUUGUUUUCUACAAAAAAAUGAAAAUAAUGCAAUAUUAUUUGACGGAGUAUUUUCUUCUAUUGCCAAUCUACGACGUUUUAGAAAACUAUCCUAACAAACACGAUCUGUUAAGUUGGAGAAAAUAAAAUGUUGAGAAUUUUCAAGGGUUUUUUCUUCGAAGUUUCAUCCUUUUCGUUUUCGAUUAUUUUCGCAACUUCCUGUUAAUAAUGAAAUAGUGAGUCAUUUCAUAUUAGCUUAUCAGUUAAUAUUCAAUUGAAGCCUUAUCUCAUUUUUAUUAUCAUUAAUUAUAAUUAGAAACAAUUUUUUACGAAUGCACGUGAACUUGGAAAAUUCUUAGCAUUACCUACCGAUUGUUUAAAAAUAACGUUUUACGUUACAACGAUAAUUAUGAGAAAUCGCAUUUUUCACUUUACACUAAUUGAAAAACCCUAAACCAAAAUGUUGUGCCAAGUUUUAGAUAAAGUGUCACGUGACAUAUUUAGUUAAGCGUAUGUAUAUUUGUAAAUAGGCUAAAAAAAACUAAAUGCAUAUAUAUUAUACAUGGUCUUGGCGAUCGUUAUAUUUUCAUAAUGAUCGUCAACUGAGAUUUUUUUAAGUGUUUCAAGUUUUACGGUUAGAUUUUGCCAAAAAAAAGAAAAUCCGUUUUAACCCCUAUACAUCGCCAUUGCGUUGAAUUAGAAUGGGGACGUGUAACCUGCAAUAAAUGUCUGUAUAUGGAAUGUAAUCAGAACAAACACAUGUGUUGUUUUUCCUUCCACAGUUCUAGCAAAAAAAUAUUCUAAUUUUCGUCUUUUUGUGUUUAAUGUUUAGACCCACAAUAAAAGUAAUAUACCUAAAAUUUUAUUGAACGUGGGUUGUUGGAAUCUCUUUCUUCUUCUACUCGCCAAAUAAGUGUUAAAUGUUGCUAAAAACUAUGAAAAAAUCGCCCAUAAUCUGCGAAAAACAACAAUCAACGUUCAAUUAAGGAAGUAAUCAAGUUUUUCGACUCAGAGUUGUGGAAAGGCAUUUGAUCCCUGCUACAGGUUGUUUUAAUAACAAUGAUUAUUUCGUUAAAAUUAUGCUUCCUACCUCCUCUUACUGCCAACCGUUAGAAUAAAAAAUUACCAACAGAAUUUCAACAGACAAGAAACGUUAUUAAAACAAACCAGGCAAUUCGUUCCGUACCUGUACCUGAUAUGCAAAAUUAAAAUUCCACCUAAUGAAUCAAUGCGGCUGUGACCCUUUCUAUCCCGUAGAUUAAUCACAAAUUAGCUUUAAGAUCAGAUAUUACGUUCCCUGAUCGAAAAAUAAAAAUGAGUGGAAUUCAAAAAUAAAGUUCAUUUCGAAAUUUGCUUGCAACCGCUUUGAUUUCUCUAGUAUACUGUAAUAAAUCCUCAACAUUCAAACGAAACGUGCUCAUUUUGUAUCGGUAUUACAAAGUUUUAAUCAUGUCAAUAAAGGUAGCUCAAACUUUACUAUAUUUUUUUCCAGAAAUAAAUGAUAUAGAAAUUUAUGACUGUCAUAAACACAGUGUGUUCAUCGAAUGUGUGUUUAUUGCAAUUGUAUUGUUUUGUGUUUUACGGAAAAUAUCGCAAUACUGGCAACAUAGCUGACAAUCUAUAAAAUUAAUAAAAAGGAUGAGAAUAAAAAUUCAAUAACAUUUUACAAAGAGUUAAAUAAUUUAUUCAUUUACAACAAAAAGUUUUCUUAGUGUAACGAAGAAAACAAAAAAUAUUCAUUCAAUUAUACCUUAUUAUUCGUAUAUUUUCUUUGUUAAAACUGAUAUUUUUUGCAUUAAAUUAAUAAUAUUCUCCAUAACCAAGUGCCUAUUGGGGGAUACACUAAAAAUACAGAGUAACAAUACAUAUCCAUCUACUAAUAAAUACUAAGAAGUUAUUAUGAUAGUUGAAUGGGAAAAACCCUUUCUCAUCGCGUGAAUUUUUCUUUCUCAUCCCACCCAUCGAUAUAUAAAUGCAAUAAAAAAUUCGAAUCGGCAAAACAGUUUUCAAUACACUGAGUUUAUUUAUAUUUUCUAAGGAGUUGUUUUAAAAAAUAUUCGUUGUUGAAUUCUGUCCAAUAAAUCUUUCCAAAAGUAUGUUCAAAAAAUGUAUGUAUAUACCUGUAUCAUUGUAUGCACAAUAAAAUAUGGCG